CCUUGACAAGCAGAAUUCUACCGUUGUACUUUUCUACAAAUAUUUCCCCCCCUCGCUGUUUCCUCUCCUGAACAAGUAUCUAGACUUUUACGAGAAAAAACUUGCGCAGCACCAAAAAGAAUUAUGUAACAAACUUUAUCUAAAAGGUCGAAUAUUACUCGCCAGCGAAGGUGUCAAUGGCACUCUAUCGGCGAAUUCUUCGGAAAGAGUACGUGAGUACAUAAGCACCAUGGAAAAUUUUGAAAUAAUUGAAGCUUUUGGAAUACCCGAUGAUGAACAUCUUCCAAAUUCUUUUGAAGCAGAAUUCUUGUUUCGAGGUAUCGAUUGGAAAGAGUCGUCUACUGGAAGAGGUAUAUUGGAGCCAUUCCCGGACUUGAAAAUCAGCAUUGUCAAGGAAAUAAUUAGUACUGGAGGCUCGGUCUCUGUGCAAGAUAUUGUGGACCACGGCGGAAAGCAUCUGACGCCACAGCAGUUUCAUGAGACACUAUCCCAAGGUUUCGGCAGCGAUGAUGUGGUGUUGAUUGAUGUACGGAAUACAUUUGAGCACGAUAUUGGACACUUUAUUAAUCCCAGAACAGAGAAGGCUGCCUUGAAUCCACAAAUGGUAACCUUUAGUCACUUCGAUGCAACAUUCUGUGCCAAACAGGCGGAUAACUUCAAGGACAAAAAGGUGCUGAUGUACUGCACUGGAGGUAUUCGAUGUGAAAAGGCUUCGGUCAUGCUCAAGAAGCGGGGUGUAAAGGAUGUCUCCCAACUUCAAGGGGGAAUUCAUCGCUACUUGGAAGAAUUUGGUGACAGAGGAUAUUUCCACGGCCGAAACUUUGUGUUCGAUCAACGCAUUGCAAUUCAACCUUCCGACUGUGGUUCUGAAGUCACUCAAGUUGAAAGAAAAGUCGGAAAGUGCGUCGAGUGCGAGAACCACUACGAUGAGAUCUCAGGAUCUCGCAUUUGCAGUGUUUGUCGAGAUUUGGUUCUUGUCUGUGAGAAAUGUCAGCCAAAUCUGCGUGAGUAUCACUGUCGUAGGCAUGCUGCCUGGAAGAACUGCUAUUUCACGUUUUUGGAUUCAUUUGACGAGUCGGAGCUUCGGUUGCAGGGACAGCUACUCGAAAACCUGCGUGGCAUGUACCUUCCGGCUAGUGUAAACAAAAACGUUCGUAAGACUCUGUCCCGACAGUUUGAAAAGGUCCAGGAUCGGCUAAGGAGCUUGGAAGCAGGUGUCGCAAUAGCCAACAGGAAUGCCCCAAGAAGGUGUCGAACCUGUAUGGAUCCCUUGACAUUGUGCGAUGGAUGCUGUUGGGGAUUUUGGAAAACGCAAAAUGCUAAAAAAGGAUAUACAAAGUUACAGCUGGAUGCCAUCGAGCCCUUGCUUCCCGUGGUCGAGGGAACUCUUGUUGAGCCUGGUCCGCAUUGGAACUCUCUUCGACUAGGCUCCCCUAGAAAUAAGGAUGGAUCGAUUCGUCGUGGUGAGGUGCGGGAAGUAAAGUCGUGGGCUGCUGGUGACAAUGAGCGAGAUUGCGUGGCGGUGCGAUGGGAUAUAGCUUGUUAUUCUAAGCAGAUUCGAAAGAAUGCAAAGCCUGGUCAAUUUCAGAUAUAUCGAUGGGGAAUCGUGGCCAUAGACGGCCAGCGUUUGUAUGAUUUGAAAGCUGUAAGUGUUUAA